UAAUGGGAAGUCGGUCAAACGUUGACCCUAUUAUGAAUUUCUAUUUAUUGUGAAGUGACAUUUAUUUCAAACGUGGACCAAAAAUUAACAUACACAUUUAUUAUUCCCUUUGCGGUAAAGUGUGUUACAACAAGUGUGUAUUUGCUUUUUGCAAUUGGUUUGAUGAAUACGUCACAGCGCCAUGUUGUAUUCCUGCGCUGAUUGCAGGCACGAGAAAUCUGCCAAUCCGCAUAUUAUUCGGGAAUAGUUCCCGAGAAUAAAUCGAACUGCGAUUUUGUACUCAAAUAUAUUUUAAUUUAUAUUUGUUGGCAAAUGUCAAACAAUUUGAGUGAGUUCGAUGCAUCCCUGUUGUCGCAUUUCAAGUGCUAACUCAUAAUUUCAACUGCAGUUUUGUGCAUCCGCGAAAGUUGAAAGGACUGUGUUGUAAAAGAAAGAAGUGUUAAUAAUUUGCCAAAAUUCCGGUCCCUACGCGCAGACGAGAAGGUGCCUACCCGCCGGGGCAGUCGGGCGAAGGAGAUAUGAACAACAAACGUAAAAAUCGCCAAGGGCCACCGAGGUCGCCACGAGGGCGUGUGGUGGCCGAGGGUGUGUACAACAACGCGCACUUCAUGCACGCGGCGACGUCGCACGUUGGCGACAUCGUCCAGGUGCUGACGCAGUCGGGCAGUCUGUGGGAGGGCGUCUUCAAGACCUUCAGUGCUCAGUUUGAGGUGGUAUUAGAAGUGGCGCAUCGCGUGGACCAAGAAGGCGUGGUGGCGGUGGACUCGGUGGUGGAGAAGCUGAUCUUCAAGCCGCAGGACGUGGUCUCCAUCCGCGCCAAGGACUCUGACCUCGAGUACGCUACCCACGAUGUGUUCCAGACCGACGCCGCUAUCUCACAGAAGUUUAACGGUAACGGGCGGACGGGCGAGGAGCGCCACUUAGAGCCUUGGGACGGCUGCGACGGCGAAGGCGGAGACUCGCCGUCAUUGAACGGAGACGCUCGCCUAGAGGACCUGGAGUUGGACCACCGCGCCAACGGCUGGGACGCGCACGAGAUGUUCCGCAAGAAUGAGGAGGUGUAUGGUGUGCACAGCACCUAUGAUCACUCCCUAGCUGGGUAUACUCUACCUCUGCAGCGGAAGGAUACCCAGGAUUACAGGGACGCAGAAGCGAAGGCUGAAGAGAUAGCGGCGGAGAUAGAGAGUGCCCCCUCGUACAAGGCCCGCAUUGAGUUGGAGAACGGGGACGAGGAGGAGCGCUUCGCGGCCGUGCAGCGGCCCCAGGACGCGCCCGCCGCCGGCAAGUACGUCAUACCCAACAAGAGGAAGAACAUGCAGACGGGUAAGCUGGUGAAGGCGGGCGGGUCCCCCCCGGCCGGGCGCGGCUACCCGGCGCACGCGUCGCCCCCCGCGCCGCCCCCGCACGCCCCGCCGCACGUGCCGCACGUGCCCCACGUGCCGCCUAAAGACAAAGACAAGGACCACCGCCCCCCGCGCCACCACCUCACGCCGCCCGCUGAGCGCAGGCAUGAAGAUACGGUGGCGGCAGCGGCCGCCGGCGCAGGCAGCAAGACAUACGCGGCGCAGGCGGCUGGCUACCACCACCCGCCACCGUUCCCGCCGCACCACCACCACCCCGCCGCGGCCGCGGGCAAGAUGAACGGCGAGCCGCGUGCGCCCGCGCACCCUCGACCCAGCUUCCCGCCGCCGCAUCACCACCACAACCCCGCGCCCCCGGCGGAGAACCACGCGCGGCCGCCGCGGCACCACGCGCCCGCGCCCGAGCCGCGCCGCCAGGACGAGGUGCAGGAGCUACGCAAGUUCGGGCAGGAGUUCAAGCUGGUGUCGUCCCCCGCGCCCGUGCCGCCGCCGCCGCACCAGCCGCCGGCGCAGCCCCCGCCGGCGCCCAGCACGCCCGAGGUGUCGGCCAACGCGGGCGCGCCGCCCGAGCCGCACAAGCGGGACCGCAAGCACGAGCCCGUGCCGCACCACGCCGCGCACAAGCCCCCGCCGGCCCCAAAGGCGGAGUCCCCCGCGGCGGACGAGCGCUCGCCCGCGUCCACGUCGCCGCCGUCGUCGGCGUCCCCCGCCAGCUCGGAGCGCUCGGAGCGCGCGGACCGCCUGCCGCCGGCCCUCAAGAAGUCCACUCUCAACCCCAACGCCAAGGAGUUCAACCCCGCAGCCAAGCCGUUCACGCCGCGCAGCCCGAGCACGCCCAACCCCAGUCGGCCGCACACGCCGGGCACGCCCGUGGGCGGCGUGCUGGGCGGCGUGGGCGUCAUGGGGCCCGGCGUCAGCUACGUGCCCGCGCCGCACCCGCCGCCGCCGCACAUGGUGCAGGCCAUGCCGGUGUACAUCGCGGCGGCGGCGGCGGCGGCCGCGCAGCAGCCCUCCGCCUACCUGCCCGCGCACCCGCACCCCGCCAUGGAGAUGGGGUGCGACUGUCGACAGUACGCCCCGCCUAUACUCGUGGUGGACAAACGGGACCGCCCCGACGCGUUGGCGUACGGCGCGGCGCUGGGCGGCGGCGCCGGCGUGGCGGGCGGCGCGGGCCAGCACGGCCCGCUGCCUGCGCAGCCGCCGCGGCCCUACGCCUCCAGGAAAGUACCAGGCGUGCAGGUGGCGGCGGCGACGGGGCAGCCGCUGCAGCUGGCGCCGGCGCCCAUGCAGCAGUUCAUGCCCUACCCGCACCCGCACCCGCCGCCGCAGCCCACCAUACAGUACCAGCACAUGGUGCGCAUGUACCACGGCGGCGUGGGCGGCGUGGGCGGCGUGGGCGGCGUGGGUGGCGUGGGCGGCGCGGUGGGCGCGGGCGGCGAGGUGGCGGGCUACGCGCCGGCGCCCGCGCCGUCCCCCGCCGCCGCGUCCCCCGCGCUCUACCCGCCGCCCUCGCCCGCGCACACGCCGCACCCGCACCCGCAUCCGCACCCGCACCCGCACCACCACUACCAGCAGCCACCCUUCCAGGUGCUGUGCCCCCUGAUGGGCCCGGGCUCGGGCGGGCACCACCACCACCAUCACCACGUGACGUACCUGAACCACGCGCCGCCCACCGCCAGCCCGCCCACCUCACACCCGCACCCCAUUCAGCAGGUGCUGCUGCCGCCGCACGCGGGCGCCGCCGCGCCGCCCGUGCACAGCGCCGGGCACCCGUAACGCCCGCCGCCGCACGUGCCGCGCGUCCCGCACGUGCCGCGCGCCCCGCACGUGCCGCGCGCCCCCCACGUGCCGCGUAUCCCGCACGUGCCGCGCCCGCGCCACCACACACACACGCGCCCGCCACUCUACACGCGCCCGCCGUGCUAGGCGCACCCGCAGUAACGCACACCGCUACAUUAUUUAUAACAAACACCGCAUGCGCAUAAACACCACGUAGACUUGGGGUUGCAACGUCAGGUUUGAUGUAAAAGUGUCUCAUAAGACAUAAUAUGGUGGUAAACGAGGGCGGAAGGUUUUUGCGUUGAUCUGUCCGUAUUGACGGUAGAGUCAAUAACAUAUCAGUGAUGUAAUUUCUAUCACUAUCGUGUACCGAGCAGGUACAAAUCCUAGCACAGUAGUUGAAUAUAACAUACUGUAACCAACUGCUAGGUGCGAUUAAAGCAUAUAAUACUUGGCCCUGGAAGCGAAAAUCGCUGAAGGUAUUUCACUCGGUUAUACGACUCAAUUUGAACGCGAAGCGAUUUAGACAAAGAACCACCCACGCACCUCAAGUCUGUGGUGAACCUUAAACUUUCAGACCUCUCUUUUAGUUCGCACACGAAAGAAAGAGAAGUCUUAAAGAUUCAAGACUAAUAUAUGCGCAAGGCCUAAUAGUAAUACUAAGUUUAAGUCGAUUAGCAUUUAUAGCGAUCUUAAAAUAUGAUUGACAUUAAAAGUAAACUGAAUUAGACGAUACUUUACCCUCAUUUAUAAAAUGUAAUGGACAUUAUAAGUAUAAUGAUUUACAAUGUAAAAUGAUCUGUUUAUAAUGUGAUUUUAUCAAAAACGUGUUUACUACAAAUUAGCAAAGUAAAUCACGGAAUCGCAUGUAUAUAUAUCGAUCAUGUAGAACUGCGAAACUCUUAGCUAAUAAACGAAAUAAUAAGACUUUCGUAAAGGUAAAUCUGUUAUCAAUAAAUCGAGUAGGUAACCUUAUGAUGACAUUGUGUAUUUUAGACGUUAGAAACUGCAUUUUUGUUUUCAAAAGUGCCUGUUUUGGAUCGCGAUAAAUACUGAUUUACACCCCUUAGUUGGUAUAACUAGUAUAUACACAAACGAAUUAUAUAAUUUCUAAUAGUUAUGUUCUAAAAAUGUUAUAAUAAUGAAUAUACUGUCUCCUAACUUUCGCCUGGCCGUUAUGAUUAGGCGAUAAAGAGGAAAAUUGCCAGGGGUUUAUCAAUGGUGCAUAAACAAAGAGUACUUUAAGUCUGAAGAUGAAAUACGAUGGAUUUUCAAACUGAUAUUUUUGCAAUGAUAAUUUUAAUUUCAAAGCACCAUGCUUAGAGAAACUUAAUAUUUUCUUUGACAAUUUUAUGACGUCAAGAAACAAAGCGAUACAAUAAUACGUUUUUUAAUUAUCUAUCUGUUCAUAUACAUCACAAAUAAACAAAACAUUAUCAUCAAGUUGUUUGCAAAGUUAUUAGUCUGAUGAAAAUUAUCAUAUUGUUUCUUAAUAGUUUAUUCUCAAUACGUUGAAUUUUAAAUAUAUCUAGUUCUAUUUCUAUAAAUCUAACUUAUUUAAAUCGUUCAAUUUUAUUUUGAGCGUGUUUGAUUUAUUUGAAAUCCAAUUGUAUUGUGAAUAAACUUGUAAUAUUUGUAUAAAGAUAGAGCUCCAUAUAAGUGAUUUAUUUCACAUUUGUCAUUCAUUCAAUUCAAAAAAACUUGUUUGCUAUGUCAUCAUCAUCAUCAUCGGCCCAUUAACGUCCCCACUGCUGGGGCACGGGCCUUCCCUAUGGAUGGAUAGGGAGAUCGGGCCUUAAACCAUCACGCGGGCCUAGUGCGGAUUUGAUGGUUAUUAACGACUGCUAAUGCAGCCGGGACCAACGGCUUAAUUGCUAUGUAUUAAUUAAUACUUAAAAGACCCUCUUUAUUUCAUCCGAAAAAAUAUAAAUUCUCCAUAAUUAAUGCCUAUAAUUUCUUAACAGUUUUCUUAUUUUUCAAUCGUAUACGCUCUUGCCUUGUAUUCAUCACUGCCACAUGCUGAAGUGCUCAAAUAGAUAUAUUUUACGAGUAUAUGAAUGGAUAUGUUUUCUUGUGCGUUUGUUUAAAUAAAUAUUUAGCGUAUUUUACUUUAACUCACGGAGCGUAUAGCUUUGAAAUGCAUUCUGUUGUGUUAAUCAGAAUCACUUUUGUACGAAGCAGUUUAAAUUAUACAGCAAAUAUAUACAUAACACCCAAGUGCGUCUACAAAAGCCAAAAGCAAAGUUUGAAUAUAUCUCGUUACGUUGCAAAUUCUUUAGUUACAAGAACGUGGCCCGGUUUGUCAAUCAGCUAUAUAUCUUUAUAUAAUAUAUGUAGCUCUAUCGUUUAUACAUGUACUUUUGAUGUCGAAAAACUCAUUAUAUGUUCUGUACAGCGUGUUUCAUUUAGUUUGGUAAUCUAUCCAGAACUUAUCCAGCA